GGAGGAGGAGGACGAGAGGGCGUCCAGGGACUGAAGAAAGGCAAGAGGAUUCACACUCUUGACUAGUGUGAGGAGGUGGUGGAGUGUAUGAGAAAGCAGAUACCAGAUAAUGAGUCAGUGUUAGAAAGACGGGACAGAAAGACAUGAGACAACAGAUCCGAAAGCUGCUCCUCUCUCUGCUCACCAUCUUCUUCUUGGGGAGUCUGCUAACCAGUGUUACCUGGUACAAGAUCAACAGCCAUGUGGAAUCUCACCGACAACCUCUUCACAAGAAAAAUGUCCGAGUGUUUUCAGAGCGGUGUGAAAACAGCAGCAAAAUCAUCACCGACAUAACAAAACGUUAUGCUCAACCCUGGAAGAGGCAGAAAGGGAAUUACCAGAAGUUCAGUUCUCUGCUGAACAGCAAGUGUCACGGGGCUGAAAAUGCCAUUGUUACCCAGAACAACACUCCACUGGGAUCGCAGAUUAUUUACAGCGGGGAACCAAAGAGGACCAUUAAAGUGACACCAGAUUGGUUCAGUACCUUUCCAAAGGAGCAUCCCUUCUCCAAGAAGAAAUGGGACUCUUGCUCUGUGGUGGGGAACGGUGGGAUCCUGGCUGACAGCAAAUGUGGAGAAAAAAUCAAUUCAGCUCAGUUUAUUAUCAGGUGCAACAUCCCACCUUUGGACAGUGAAUUGGAGAAAGACGUCGGCAAGAAGACCAGCCUUGUGACAGCAAACCCGAGCAUCUUCAUCAAGAAGUUCUCCUAUCUGACAAAAAACUACACUCGUCCAUUUGUGGAGAGUAUGCGCCAAUUUGGAGAUGCCAUGCUGCUCCUGCCAACCUUCUCCUUUGCCUACAACACUCGAGUGUCUCGGCGGGCCUUCAAUGCCAUCAAAGACCUUAAUAGUCCCAUUCGACCUGUCGUUUUUAACCCUGAAUAUUUGAGGAAUCUGUCGCUCCACUGGCGCUCCCAGAGGCUGAAGGAAGCUCGACUCAGCACGGGCUUUAUGAUGGUUAAUCUGGCGCUAGAACUGUGCAACAGCGUGGAUCUGUAUGGAUUCUGGCCUUUCGGUGUCCACCCUCAAGACUGCCGCAACCUGACUAACCACUACUACGAUGACGUACCACCCCGACAUACAUUUCACUCCAUGCCAGCGGAGUUCGACCGCCUGCUGAAGCUGCACAGUCAGGGCAUCCUCAGGAUUCACCUGGGAGAUUGUGAAUCAGAGAAAGAUGUGCCUGCAAAAAGAAAAAAGAAAAAAAAGCAUUGAAUGCUUGACGGACUCCACCUUUCAGCAGCCAAGAUGUUUGCAUUGAGUUCGUGGGCACUUUUAUAGCAUAUCUAUUUAUUCACAUAAACAUUUUAAUCUGGAAUCUGGAUUUUUUUUUUCUUUUUACUUGGUGUUUUCUUGAGGAUUUCCAUCAUCUGUUUGCCUUUUUUAGGGGUUGCUGUUGGAUUAAACUGGAUGUGUUUACCACA